CAAGAAGUUAUUCAGAUUGAAAAAAAAUCGACUGCAGGAUUAUUUCCUAAUGGGAUGGUUAUUCGUACUUUACAUCAUAAGUAUGUUUUUGCAACUUUUUUAUCAAGAGAUUCAUCUUUUAAUAUAAUAAUAAGUGUUUGGAAACAAGUCUUGAGUGAAGAUCCAAACCGUAUACUUAAUAUGAAGAAUUCAAGAGAACGUGGUACAAGUAAAUCUACGUAUUAUAGUUCACAUUUGAAUGAAGAAACUGACAGUGGAGUUAGUGGACGUCUGAGAGCAUUUUCAACUGGUGAUGAUAGCAGUGAAGAUAUAAAUGUAUUGGAUGAUUUUGCUGGUGAUAGUCAAGAUAGUGGCGAAGAAGAGGAUGAUGAUUUAGUCAGUGAUGAUGAUGAUGAGGACGAUGAUGAUCCAAGUUUGAGUUCAUUAAGUCUCAAAGCUGGAGCUAAUAAUGCCGAAGACCAAGGCGGCUAUUCUACCGAAGAAGGGUCACUUAAUGAUGAAGAACCAGAUAACAUAUUAGACAAUGACAAUCAAGCUAGGAAAACCAGUACUAGCAAAUCCAAAGAUAGCUCAACCCCCAGCACUAAUGGAGGAAAUGGAGAUAACUAUUUUGGAUUACCGACCAGUGGACCCUUAACCCAUUCGCCCACCGAUAUUGAAUACACCAAACAAAGCAACGAGAAUUUAAUAAUUGAAGACGUGAUAAAAGCACCCUUGGGUACGGUUUAUCAGCUAUUAUUUGGGAAUGAUCGAUCAAGGUAUAUUAAAAUAUUAACCAAUCAAGGGAAUUUUGAAAUACUGGAAAACGAUAUCACCGAAUUAAAUACCAAGACAAGAGAGCGUCAUUAUACGUACAUCAAACCAUUGAACGCACCCAUUGGACCCAAACAAACCAAAUGUCUAAUUGCAGAUAAAUUGAUUGAAUUUGAAUUGAAGAAGUAUGUAUUGGUUGAACAAAUCACCAGUACUCCCGAUGUUCCCAGCGGGAACUCAUUUCAAGUUAAAACGAAGGUAUUUUUGUAUUGGGGGGAUAAUAACCAAACCCGGAUCUAUGUUGUUACCUUGAUUGAAUGGAGCGGGAAAAGUUGGAUCAAAGGAGCCAUUGAAAAGGGAACCAUUGAUGGCCAAAAGGAUUCCAUGAGAGUGAUGGUUGAUAGCUUGAAUGAAAUGAUUGAGCUGGCGGGAUCCAAUAGACUGAAAUCCAAUGGGAAAAAGAAGAAGGGUAAAUCUUCCAAGAAGAAGAAGGUUCCUACUAAGAAACCUCGUAAACUGAGUGUUGGUGCCGAGGCGGUUAAAACAGAAAGUAUAAAUGAACAAUUGAAUAAAUUAGUCGAACUGAUUGGCAAACUAAUACCAAUUGGUAAUUUUAUUGGCGACUUAAUCAAAGGCUAUUUAAUGAUAUUUAUGAUAUUCUUAACUUAUACAUUAAUUAUUAGACGCAAAGGCCCCAACAAGAAUCAAAUUGAAAUAUUACCCCAAGAGCAGGUUUUACUGAAGAUAAGUAUCAAUAAUCACAAAUACUACAUUGUUCCCAGCAGUGAAUCAUACUUGGAUAAUCAAGAAAAACGAAUCAAGAAUGAGGUUAAAAUGUGGGAUUGGUUAAGAGACCGCAGUGAUGGUAAAAUCAACGUAGACAACAACACCGACGACGGCAAGGAAGAAGAAGAUUACCUCCAAGAGUACUCCAAGCAAGAAAUGAAGGAGAUUGUCAAAUUGACCCAGCUCAAACUCGACCAAAUCAGUCAGCAGUUCUUAUAGAAUAAAACACCCGUGCAUAUACACAUAUAUAUUAUAUAAAAGUCACCAAAUAAAACAAACCCGUGCAUACAGCGCACCCCCCAAAAUGAAAAAAAAAAUAAAAAUCACCCCAUGUAGCAGAAAAAAAAAUAAUUACGUAAUCGAUCUGACUAAAAAUGCUGGUUUGCACACACCCAUAAAAUACUCGCUAAAUAAGCUAUGACAUAAUGUACUUACCUGGUCGGACUUAAUUCUUACUUAGAUGUCAAUGAGCAUUAACUCAUUCAUACAACAUAUAUCUGGUGUUGCAGUUCAGGUGGCAUGGUGUAUGGCAUGUUGACGGUGUCAUGGUCACCGGGUCAAGUGGUGUGUCAAUAGGAGUGUUGGGGAUGAUGCGUAU